GGCCGCCAGCCCUUUCGCCCGCCGCGCGGGGGAGGUGCCGCUGACCCGCGCCUGCGACCUGAGAGGCAGGCGCGCCUGGAGACAACGCGGAACCAUGAGCUGCCUGCCAGGAAGGGUGGUGGCGCUGCUGCUCGGGCUGCUGGUGGAGUGUACAGAGGCCAAAAAACAUUGCUGGUAUUUUGAAGGACUCUAUCCAACAUAUUAUAUAUGCCGCCCCUAUGAGGACUGCUGUGGCUCCAGGUGCUGCGUGCGUGCCCUCUCAAUACAGAGGCUGUGGUAUUUUUGGUUCCUGCUGAUGAUGGGCGUGCUCUUCUGCUGCGGAGCUGGCUUCUUCAUCCGGAGGCGCAUGUACCCCCCACCGCUGAUCGAGGAGCCUGCAUUCAACGUGUCCUACACCAGGCAGCCCCCGAACCCUGUUCCAGAAAUCUUUUCCAUCCCAGGAUGUAGGACCCAGGCUGACAAGACUGGACUGGGGGUUCUGGAGAGUGUGAUGUUUCUAGCUACAUGUACACAGUUCACAAGUCCCUCAGGGCACCCUGGAGCUCCCAGCCAGGCCUCCUUGUGUGACGCAGUAUGAAGUACCAAAUGUCACCUAAGCAGCAGUCACGCCAGAAGUGUUUAAGCUAGAUGUAAUUAAGCAUCUGGAGCAGUUUUAUCCAGUGGAACUUUCUAUGGUGAUGGAAAUGUUCUCUAUUUGCACACUGUCCACUACAGCAGCCACCAGCUACAUGUAGCUAUUGGGCACCUGAAAUGAGGCCAGUGAGAAGGAGGGAUUGGAUUUUUAAAUUGAGGAUAAUCUUCAUUAAAAUAAUUUAAAUUCAAAUAUUCAUAUGUGGCUCAUGGCUACCAUAUUGGACAAUGUAGCUCUAGAGUCUAGACCUAACUUCCAAGUUACAGGAAGUGGAGAUGGCAGGACAAGUUAAAUGACACCUUGGGGAAAGAAUCAGACAAAUCCUUUCGGGGGAGUUUUGUAAGACAACAGUCCUAGAGUCCUCAGAAAAUGAACGUCAUUAAAAACUAAACCAAAAACAGAUGAUGGGGGGAUCAUCCUAGGUUAGAAGAGAUGAACAAAAUAUAAAGCAUGAAACUAGACUGGAUCUCAACUAAAAAAACAACAAUACAGACUUAAAGGACAUAUUUGGGUCAAUUGGGGAACACUGAAUAUUGUUGGGCUACAACAUAAUGUUAUGAAAUCAUUAUCAGUUUUCUCAGUGUGAUGUUGAUAUUGUGAUAAUGUGGCAGGGUAUUACUGUUAGAAGAUGAGUAAUGAAGUAAUAUGUGUAAAGGGCCAUGAUGUCCACAACUGACUUUUCAAUGAUGCAGCAGAUGUGUAUGUGUGUGGAGAGAGAGAGAGAAAGAGAGAGAGAGAGGGAGGGAGAAACCCAAAGCAGAUACGGCAAAAUGUUUUUUCAAAUAGGCCUGUCAUGCAUGAUGCCUCUUCCAAGAGAGAAAGUAGAAGAUGUACCUAAUGAACUGGGUGACUUACAAGGAGAUUUCCAAGCAAAAUGUUAAAGAUGCUAUCUGGCUUCUUGCUCUUUAUAGUAAAAUAUGAGGGAUGAGAGAAGAGCUAAGGAGAGGACUAUGCAACAUAAAUGGGUCAGGACUUGCUGGUUUUGAAAUUCUCAAACCCUCCAGAUGGCAAAUAAUGCUAAAAUUAAGAAAUGGCUUCUAGGCAAAGACAAAACCUAGGGUACCGUCAGGAAAAUAUAGUAAAAAAAUGAAGGCAAGAGUGUAGCUGUAAAAUCUUUUGUUAAAGAGUUGUGUUAAAAGAAACUUCUAGAGUCAUACCUCAGACAACUGUUCAGAUAAACAAAAGAGCUACUGAGAAGCUGAAGGAUGUUGUGCCUCAGCAGCCUAGCGGAAACUGAUGUUGUAAUGGGAUGAGCAUUUAGGGGGCCUCGGGAGGGGGCGAGUGCAUUUUUCAAGUGGAGGGAUGUGAAUCAUAUAACCAGCCUCCAAAGUGGCCCUCAAUGACCCUCACCUCUUGAUCUUUGUGCCCUUGCCUAGUCCCUUCCAUACUGAGUACAAUACUUAUCUGCCAUAAAAGAACAGCCUUGGGCUCUCUCUGAUCCUUGCUCUGGGGUAUCCAGCUGCCAUGUCAUUUGCACUCUCAAGCAGCUCUAUGCAGAGGCCCACACGGACAGUGCACUGGGUCGGAUAGUGUCCCCUCCCAAUCCAGGUCCUUCCCAGAUCUCAGGAUGUGACUUUAUUUAGAAAUAAGGUCAUUGCAGAUGUAAUUAGUUAAGAUGAAGUCAUUCUGGAGUAGGGUGUGUCCUUGUAAGCAGAAGAAAAGGGGCUCAGACACACACACGGGGGCGGGGAGCAGAUGUGAAGACGGAGGCAAAGAUUGGCAGAGUGCCACGGAUGGCUGGCAACACGAGAAGCUAAAAGAAAGGCACGGAGCAGACCCUCCCCUAGAUCCUUCAGAGCGUGGCCUUGCAGACACCUUGAUUUCAGAUUUCUAAGCCUCCAGUACCGUGAGAGAAUAAAUUUGUUGUUUCAAGCCACCCAGAUUGUGGAACUUUGUAUGGCAACCCUAGGAAAUGAAUACAGACAGGAACUGAGACCUCCUGCCAACAGCAGCACCAAAUUGCCAGCCAAGUGGGUGAGUCUUUUUAGAAGUCUUCCUCCAGCUCCAGGUGACAUCUUGACUGCAACCUCACGAGGAACCCUGAGCCAGAAUUGCCCAGCCAAGUUGCUCUUGAAUUUCUGUCCCACAGAAACAGAUAUGUGUAUUCUUAUUUUAAUCCACUAAAUUUUGGGAGUAAUUUCACUAAUACUACAAGGAUUUGGGGGGAAGGCCAUACCUUUGAAUGAAUUAAUAAAUUCACAUAUUUAUUAAUAACAGUAUUAUUUAUACAGUAUUAUUUAUACCCAAUCUCAAUUAGAUCCCAACUAGAGGAAAUUUCAAAAGAUACAUAAAAACACAGAUUACAAUAACGGACUCUUAUGUACCCAUCACUAAACAUCAACAAUUAUGAGUUCAUGGCCAAUCUUGUUUCAUCCAUCUGUAUUCCUUCUGGCCCUUCCCUGAAUUAUAAGCAAAUCCCAGACAUUUCAUCCAUAAGUAUUUCAGCAUGUAGCAUUAUCACACUUAAUUAAAAGCAAUAACAAUUUUUAAAUAUCUUUAAAGAUGCAACCAGUAUUUACAUUUCUCCUGAUAGUCUUGCAAUUUUUUAAAAAAUCAUUUUUUUUGUAUCAGGGUCCAAAUAAGGUCAUACCAUGAAUUGAUUUCGAUAUCUCUUUGAAUCUAUAGGGUUCCCCUCCAUUUCUUUUUUAUCCCUGUUUUUUUAUUUUCUAUUUUUAUUUUUUGUAAAAGAAACUAGGUCAUUUGUCUUACAGAUAUACCCUCAGUCUGGAAUUUGUUGAUUUCAUCUCCAUGAUAUUUGUAUUUCUUGUAAACUGUUGACAGAAAAGCUUGAUCAGAUUCAGGUUCUUUUUCUGUUUUGUUUUGAAAGUCUAUUCACGGGUAGUGGUGUGUAUUUCCAUCAGAAAGUAAACAAUGUUUACUGCCUCCAGAUAGCCAUGGAUGAUCACUGCCUAGACUCACUAAUUAAUUAGAGAGCAAAGCAGUAACAUUUACAAUCUAUUGUUCCUUCAAAUGUAUCCUACGUUGAAACACUGAGAACCAUGCUUGUUUGAACAGGGUAUAAAACAAGAAUAUAAAGUUCACGUGCAUGAUUUAAUGCUUCGAUUUUGAGCGUACUGUUUGGCUGCUGCUUUGCUGUCUCUGUCCAGGAAGCUUAGGUGUGCUGUCACACCACUGCCCAUUCGAAUGGCUUAUCUUCCUCCACUACCAUCACGAUUCAGCAAGAAUAGAAAUUAGUUCCAUUUUUAUCCUUGACCUUGAAAUAUCUGAUGCUACCUCCAUAAAUUUGGAUCUAGUUGAAUCUCUGACCCACAACUCAGUAGCUGAAUGACCUUGGGCAAAU